AUGGCACCAAUUACAAGAAUGACCUCAAGAAGAUUAGGAUUACAAGUGGAAGAUGCAACAAUAUUACGUUUUGGAUAUUUUGGUAAGAGGGUUAACUCCAAGAAAAACUGGAAACUCCACCCAGGCCCGCGUGGCCAACUUGUAUGCAGAUCUACCGUCGGUUGCGAUUGA